CAAACCGACUUAAGCACACAGGUAUGGCCGACGGACUCAAACAUCACAUUCUUAGCUCGCCCCGGCAUGGAGGCUAUUCAAGUGCAAGACAAGAACAAUACGGUCAAUAUCUCCGAAAACUUCAUGCGGAUUUCUUAGAAACUUGGAAUGAGAAAUCUCCAGAUAACUCAAAACUAAGCGACUUUUUGAAGCAAACGGUUUUAGGCACAGGCGCUUUUGGAGUUGUCAUUCUAACAAAACAUAUCGAUACAGGGAAAUACUACGCUAUGAAAAUGUUGGAAAAGGAGAAGAUAGUAAAAUUAAAACAAAUCGAACAUAGUUACUACGAGAAGAAAAUUCUUUGCGGGCUUAAUUUUCCUUUUUGUGUGUACAUGAAAUAUUUUUUCAAGGACAAUGUUUAUCUUUACUACAUAUUACCAUUCGUACCCGGCGGCGAAAUGUUUUCUCACCUACGCAAAUUAGGUAAAUUCGAUGAAAUGUCUUCAAGGUUUUAUGGUGCUCAAGUAAUUCUAGCACUUGAAUAUUUGCACGCAUGCGAAUUAGUGUAUCGUGACUUGAAACCAGAGAAUAUCCUUAUAGACCGGGCUGGUUACAUCAAAUUAACAGAUUUCGGCUUUUGCAAGUUAAUUCGAGGUAGAACGUGGACUCUCUGUGGUACUCCCGAAUACUUGGCACCAGAGAUUAUUCUUAGUAAGGGUUAUGGUAUGUCUGUAGAUUGGUGGUCACUCGGCAUUCUUUUGUUUGAAAUGAGCGCAGGAUAUCCACCAUUUUAUGCAUCUGACCCAAUGAGAAUCUAUGAAAAAGUUGUGUCUGGUAAAUACAGGAUUCCCAGCCACUUCUCAAUGGAACUUAAAGAUUUAAUAGGACGUGUAGUUCAAAUAGACACGACAAGACGGUUUGGAAAUUUGAAAAAUGGCGUAUUAGAUUUAAAGAAUCACAAAUGGUUCAGAGACAUUGACUGGGACAGUUUAUUAAACUAUCGUAUACCAGCACCUUUCCAACCUAAAAUCCGAUCACCCGGAGAUACAACGUAUUUUGAAAACUUUGACGAUGAAAAAAUUAAAGAGAGCCCAGUAUGCUUAUACGAAGAAGAGUUCGCCGAUUUUUAACUGCAACGUGACUUGCAAUAAUU